AUGUCGACGGUAACAGAUUUCAUUAACCUUAAUCUCUCUGCUAUCCAUGACAAUAAUAAGCUCAUUGCAGAGUACAUUUGGAUCGGUGGAACUGGAUUGGACCUCAGAAGCAAAGCCAGAACCCUCUCCGGACCGAUGGAUGAUCCCGGAAAGCUUCCAAAAUGGAACUACGAUGGAACUAGUACUGGUCAAGCUUGUGGCAAGGACACUGAAGUCAUCCUAUAUCCGCAAGCUAUGUUCAAGGAUCCUUUCCGAAGGGGCAACAAUAUUUUGGUGAGUGAUAUUUUUUUUGUGAAGGUCUUAUGUGAUGCAUACAAUCCACUUGGUGAUCCAAUUUAUACGAAUAGGAGGUAUUAUGCGGCCAAGACUUUUGGCCAUCCAGAUGUCGUCGCUGAAGCUCCAUGGUUUGGGCUUGAACAAGAAUAUACUUUGAUGGAAAAGGCUACCAAGUGGCCCUUAGGUUGGCCUCAAGGAGGUUACCCAAGACCUCAAGGUCCUUAUUAUUGUGGGGUUGGUGCUGAAAAAGCAUUUGGACGCGACAUUGUUGAUGCACACUACAAGGCUUGUCUUUACGCAGGGAUUAACAUUGGUGGUAUUAAUGCCGAAGUUAUGCCUGGUCAGUGGGAGUUUCAAGUGGGACCUUCAGUUGGUAUCACUGCUGCAGAUGAGUUAUGGGUUGCUCGUUAUAUUCUUGAGCGGGUUGCAGAAAUUGCUGGAGUGGUCGUCUCAUUCGAUCCUAAACCAGUCCCAGGUGAUUGGAAUGGGGCAGGUGCUCACACUAACUAUAGCACGAAAUCAAUGAGAGAAGAAGGUGGAUAUGAGGCAAUCCAAAAGGCGAUUGAGAAGUUGAGGCUUAGACAUAAAGAUCACAUGGCUGGCUAUGGCGAAGGCAAUGAACGUCGUCUUACUGGUGAUCAUGAGACAGCAAACAUCAACAUAUUCUCAUGGGGAGUUGGGAAACGUGAUGUGUCAAUUCGGGUAGGGAGAGACACCGUGAAAGAAGGGAAAGGAUAUUUUGAGGACAGAAGGCCCGGGUCGAAUAUGGACCCAUAUGUGGUUACCUCUAUGAUUGCUGAAACCACCAUCUUAUGGAAGCCUUGA